UUUAUUCGUAAAUCCGUAGAUUUGAAGUUUUGCAGUCUUAUGAAGAAUUGACUUAUUUAAAACAACAAGAUGUCAGAUCACUUUGGUCCAAUAACUUUAAAAUGGGAUCCCAAGAAUUUAGAGAUUCGUACAAUGUCUGUAGAAAAGACAUUGGAGCCUUUGGUUUUACAAGUAACUACACUUGUAAACACAAAGGGUCCCAGCAAGAAGAAAAAAGGAAAGUCAAAGAGAGCCAGUGCUCUGGUCGGAACUGUAGAGAAGGCAACUAGUAAUUUCAUUGAAAGAGGUGAACAAAUUGCUUAUGAAAAUCCUGAUAUCACUGCUGAAAUGUUAAGUGCUGUGGAGGAAGUAAGGAAAACAGGUGCUGCCAUGAGCAUUGCUGCUAGGGAAUUCUCUGAAGAUCCUUGCUCCUCUUUAAAAAGAGGCAAUAUGGUCCGUGCUGCAAGAAAUCUAUUAUCUGCAGUAACUCGUUUACUUAUUCUAGCAGACAUGGUCGAUGUACAUUUGUUACUGAAAUCUUUGCACGUGGUGGAAGAUGAUCUGCAGAAGUUAAAGAAUGCAUCCUCCCAAGGAGAACUAUUAGAAAACAUCAAACAGUUUGGAAGAAAUGCAUCAGAACUUAUGAAUCAAGCUGCAAAACGUCAACAAGAAUUGAAAGAUCCUCAGUUAAGGGAUGACUUAGCUGCAGCCAGAGCUGUACUAAAGAAACACUCCACUAUGCUUCUCACUGCUUCUAAAGUUUAUGUUCGACAUCCUGAACUGGCCGCGGCAAAAGCAAAUCGUGAUUAUGUUUUGAAGCAAGUAUGCGAAGCUGUGAACACUAUUAAUGAUGUUGCCCAAGGAAAGACUCCUCUCGAUAGUCAGCAUCCUUACGAAGGCCCCGGUGAAUUAGCUGCUGCUUUAGACGAUUUUGAUGAAAGAAUGGUGAUGUCUCCACUUGCGUAUAACGAAGUACGUACAAGACCCAGCCUGGAGGAACGAUUGGAAAGCAUUAUAAGUGGUGCUGCACUGAUGGCAGAUUCUUCGUGCACCAGAGAUGAACGCCGAGAGCGCAUUGUUGCCGAAUGCAAUGCAGUUAGGCAAGCUCUUCAAGAUUUGCUCAGUGAAUAUAUGAAUAAUAUGGGCGUCAAGGAACAGUCAGAAGGUUUGGAAAGAGCGAUCGAUCAUAUGUGCAGAAAGACACGCGAUCUUCGUAGGCAAUUAAGAAAGGCCGUAGUAGAUCACGUGUCUGACAGCUUCUUAGAAACAAGCGUACCAUUAUUGGUUUUGAUCGAAGCUGCGAGAAACGGUCGUGACAAAGAAGUAGAAGAGUAUGCUCUUGUUUUCACAGAGCACGCAAAUAAGUUGGUCGAGGUGAAUUUCACAAACAAUAUUAUUCUAUUAAUUACCGAUCUUUAUUCGAAAAAAAGAUUCAGUGUUCGAUAUAUGUCAAUAAUGUUGCAUUCAUUUGAUCAGGUUGCCAAUCUAGUAUGUAGUAUGUCGGGAAACGAAGACGGUGUGAAGAUGGUUCGUUACGCUGCAGCUCAAAUCGGGAACCUAUGCCCGCAAGUAAUUAACGCGGCUCGCGUAUUGGCAGCUCGUAAUCGGUCGAAAGUCGCCCUAGACAACAUGGAAGUGUUUAGACAAGCAUGGGAGAACCAAGUGAGAGUAUUAACGGAAGCCGUCGACGACAUUACCACUAUCGACGAUUUCUUGGCCGUCUCCGAGAACCAUAUCUUGGAAGACGUGAACAAAUGCGUGCUGGCAUUGCAAGAAGGCGACGCAGACACUUUGGAUAGAACCGCUGGCGCAAUUCGCGGCCGUUCGGCCCGAGUCUGUAACGUUGUCCAAGCUGAGAUGGAUAACUACGAGCCUUGUAUCUAUACCAAACGGGUCUUAGAAGCCGUGAAAGUUCUUAGGGAACAAGUAAUGCCAAAAUUUGCGCAGAGAGUAGAAGUCGCUGUAGAUGCUUUGGGUAGUAAUCCCGCUAAAGACGUGGACGAGAAUGAUUUUAUAGAUGCUUCAAGACUAGUUUACGACGGAGUCCGUGAAAUUAGACGCGCUGUACUCAUGAAUAGAGCGGAUGAAGACUUGGAUCCGGAAGAUGUCGAGCUGGACGAACAUUAUACGCUGGAAACUCGCAGCAAAUCCAGUGCCCAAACUGGCGAGCACGGUGUCGAUGAAUAUCCAGAAAUUAGUGGUAUUACAACUGCUCGCGAAGCUAUGCGCAAAAUGCCAGAAGAAGACAAACAGAAGAUCUUGCAACAAGUGGAGUUUUUCAAGAGUGAAAAAUUAAAAUUCGACAAAGAGGUUGCCAAAUGGGACGACGCUGGAAAUGAUAUAAUUGUUUUGGCGAAGCAUAUGUGUAUGAUCAUGAUGGAAAUGACUGAUUUCACCAGAGGUCGUGGACCUCUAAAAACCACCAUGGAUGUUAUAAACGCAGCGAAAAAGAUUUCUGAAGCUGGAACGAAACUAGAUAAAUUAACUAGACAAAUCGCGGAUCAGUGCCCAGAGAGCUCUACCAAGAAAGAUCUCCUGGCAUAUUUACAACGUAUAGCAUUGUAUUGUCAUCAGAUGAAUAUAACUAGCAAAGUCAAAGCGGAUGUACAAAACAUUAGCGGUGAACUGAUUGUAUCUGGACUGGACAGUGCGACUUCCCUCAUUCAGGCGGCGAAAAAUUUAAUGAACGCAGUGGUUCUUACUGUUAAAGCUUCGUAUGUUGCGUCAACGAAGUAUCCUCGACAAUCAACGGUAACUUCUCCAAUCGUUGUUUGGAAAAUGAAGGCGCCAGAAAAGAAACCAUUGGUACGUCCUGAAAGACCAGAAGAAGUUAGGGCUAAAGUACGUAAGGGUUCACAGAAGAAAGUGCAAAAUCCAAUACAUGCACUUUCAGAGUUUCAGAGUCCUACAGAAAGUGUUUAAACUCUAACGUGUAAGUAAUUUAAUGAAUAUUAAAUCUAGAGACAGCAUCACCUUUGGAAAGCCCUU